UCGCAUUGGUCGACCUGCCUCAUGCGUCACGAACCAGGAAGUAGAGACUCCGUGAAUGUGAUGUGAAGCCGAGAUGAUCGCAGAUCUGUUGUUAUUCGGGACUCUGCUGGUGAAUGCGGGCGCUGUGCUGAACUUCAAGCUGGGUAAACGAAAGGAUGCACAGGGAUUUGGAGAUGCCAGUGCACCGACAACAGGCGAUAACAUCAGAGAGUUUCUACUCAGCCUGCGGUACUUUCGGAUCUUCAUCGCUCUGUGGAAUAUUUUCAUCAUGUUCUGUAUGAUCCUGUUAUUCGGAUCUUGAUCAUCGACGUCAGCUACUGAACCUCCAACAGGAUGCUGGCUUCUCAAGCCGAUGCUCUAAGUUUCUCUCUGAUGGGACUUUUCAUUUCUUUUGGUUCUUUGAUUUAAUGCAUUUGUUUAUGAUUAACAGUACAUUUUUGAAUCGGUGUUUUUAUUUACCCUUUCACAUGCUUCUCCCAUCUUGGUGGUUUUUGCUUCAGCUGUCACUCACCCAUAUUGUGCAACUAUCUAUAACGGUUCCCAUAUGUGUCAGUUUGCUGACCUAAAGGUCUCUUGUUUUUCUCUCCUGUUCAUGGUGAGCGGAACUGAAAAAUCAUAGCCAUCUUUGUGACUUUUUGAACUUUACAUCUCAUCUCAUUCAUGAGUCUUCGCUGUUUUACUCCUCAGACAUUCUGUGCUUCCUCUUAAAUAAAAACUACAUUUUCCAUUAUUUCAGCCUUGUGCUCUGAGUAACUGUGUAUUGGAAAUGUUUCUGUAUUCUUAAUAAAAUGAUUUCUUAUCAGA